GCCACUGAUAUCAAGGGCUCAGUGGGUGGGGGUGGGAGGCAUCCAAGGGAUAUUCUUCCAUCAGGUUCUGUCUGACUGGUGGUCUUGAGUUCCACACUCUCCUUUGAAUGGGGGACCAAUGUGGGAAUUGAGAGAAGAUCAGGGGGCUGGACUGGGAAGGUCUCCAAAACAGGAUGAAGCAUUUGCCGCUGCUGCUGCUGGUUUUGAUUCCAUUUGCUCGAGGUCUUUUUUGCACCCAAGAUCCCUGCCAGAACGGAGGGAGCUGUUUGAGCAAUUCCAGCGGGACCUUCUCAUGCCUGUGUCUUCCUGGCUACAUGGGAGACCUGUGUCAGUUUGCAGACCCUUGCACCCCCGGGCGCUGCCAGAACAAGGGCACCUGCUCCCUCAAGAACCUUCCAGCCUCCAGCCCCCCUGCAUACACUUGCAUUUGCCCUCCUGGUUUCGCCGGAGAGGAAUGCCGGGAGACGGCUGCAGACCCGUGCCUCCCUUCGCCCUGCCAACAUGGAGGAAGUUGCCAGGCGUUCUCUGGAAACCAGUACCGCUGCCAGUGUACAACCGGAUGGACAGGAAAGAAGUGCCAGCUCCGAGACUUCUGCCAAGCUCAUCCCUGUGCCAAUGGGGGAACCUGCCUCAACACCUACCCAUACAUCAUCUGCCAGUGCCAGCCAGGGUUCGAGGGCCACACCUGCCAAUAUGACAUCAACGAAUGCUUCAGGAAUCCUAGUCCCUGCCUGAACGGAGGCCGUUGUCUCAACAACAUCGGCUCCUUCCGCUGCGUCUGCCCAGCCAGCUCCACUGGUCCGCUCUGCCAGUACCGCCUGGGGCCGUGCACCCCUGAGGUCUGCCUCCAUGGAAGCACCUGCCAUGAAGUCGGGGAAAUAUACCACGGCUGCCUGUGUCCUCCAGGUUACACAGGACAGUACUGUGAGGUGAAUCCGGAUGACUGCAUACAGCAUCAGUGCUACAAUGGGGGGACUUGCGAGGAUGGUGUGGGAUCAUAUUCCUGCCACUGCCCCCCAGGCUGGACAGGACAGCAGCAUGACAAUGGAAAGAACAGCGUGGUUCUUUGCACAACAUGGUUUACUAUUUUCCUGGCUCUGAAUGAGAACCAGUGCUCAGGGCUGUGCCCCACAUCCCCCAAAUCUGCACUGGAUUUCCUUGGGGCCUUAGCAGCCAAAGGGACCCUCGAAUCCUUCGUGCCGUACAUGGUGGUAGCCGCCUGGAUUGAGUCUGCAAAAAAUGAUCCUCAGGCCUCAGCUUCCCGUUUUCCUGGGCCUCUUAUUUACUGUGUGGUGGCUGGAAUUGCAGCAGUUGUGCUGGGCAUCUUUUUUGGGGGGUGGAGGAUCCGCCGCCGCCAACGUCGUGAACACGGCUUGCUCUGGCUUCCACCUGGAUUUGCUCCGCAGCCGGGCAAGAAGCGGCGAUGCCGGAGAGAACCUGUGGGUGAAGAUGCCAUUGGACUGAAGCCAAUGAAGUCAGGUACUGAAUUUGUAGAGGAUCCUGAUAUGUGUCCAAGCCCACAUUUCGAUGGACCGUUCAGCCUCAAGGAUACCAAGGAAGAUCCUGAUUCCAUUUCAGACCAAAAUCAAGGCCUGUCUAGGACAAAGAAACAGGCACAGUUGAACAAGCUGUCCUCAGCCGAGGAGAAGAAAACCAAGGUGAAAGAAGUCAAGACACAAGAGUCAGUUUGUGGCCUCACACCGUUGAUGCCUUUGGCCCACAUUCCUGUAUCAGAAAUGGAGGAGUCAGGAGCAGACAGGCAAGAAGAAGACUUUGGAGAGACACCCCUUCACCUUGCGGCCCGAUAUUCCCGAGCUGAUGCCGCCCGAAAACUCCUGGCGUCUGGAGCCAACGCCAAUGCCCGGGAUGAGUGGGGUCGGACCCCUUUGCAUAGUGCCAUAGCAGCAGAUGCAUUGGGAGUAUUCCAGAUUCUUCUCCGGCACCGACAGACAGACUUGGAUGCCUCAGCGCAUGAUGGCUCCACCCCGCUAAUCCUGGCUACACGACUUGGGGUCGAAAAUGUGGUGGAAGAGCUAGUGGCCAAUCAUGUAGACAUUGGUGCCACAGACAAGAGAGGUAAACGCUGGGGGAUAAAAGAAGAGCUCCGUAGCCCCUUCAUGACUGACACAAUUUAUUCCUGUGUAAGCUCUGCUCAGGCGGCCACAGCAUCCUCGCCGGGCGGGCAGGCAGACUUGCGGCAGCCAGCAGGACCGCUUAGACGCUUCACUCUUCCUGCAGCCCAAGAGGGGAGCUACAAAGUUGGUUUGCCUCCCUCCUACAACACGGUGCCCAAACAGAACGUCCUUCCGACCACGUGUAAUACUUGGCAAGAGAUGUGGCCCAGGAGCGCCUCCACCAUGAUAUCUUGGCCCUCUUGGACCCGCUCCACCCCUCCCCCCUAA